UGGAGGAGAGGGCCCCUGCCCCCACAGCACAUUAUAGGCUCCUACCUAACAAGAACAAUCUGCGUGCAGGCCGGAGAGCUCAGACAGUCUCUAGGAAGCUGAAGGGGGAGGAGAACAGUGGAGAGGCAGAAGGAGGGAUUUGUCCUCCUGGUGAACAACAUUUUUUGCAUGAUCCAGACAGACCUCCAGUCUGAAAUCUGAAACUGCAGAAGUAGUGUGGCUCACGGAGGAUUUGCAACUCUCUGCUGUGCGCUCCUCUCUCAGUUUACUUUUUUUCAGAUUGGUUUCACACAUCCUCCAUCAAAGGAAACUCUCACAGAGAAACGUUUUCUGCCGCAGUGGAUGAUCCUGAGGUGAAACCAUGCUACCGAUGGGCCUUCAGCUGACUGGUCUGUGUGUGGUGUUUUGCAUCAGCCGCAGCUUUGCCACACCUCUAUCGCUAUACAGUAUUCUAGAAGGAAGUACAGAUGAGGAAGAUCUCAGCCUCUUAACUUCCUCUCUGGCCACCAGCAACCUUUCCUCUGAGUACCAAACCACACCUGUUGGCCCCACCCAUGUGGAAACAGACUUUCUGAAUCGAGUUGUGAACUUUCUGGAGGAGAACAUACUUAUUAUUCUUGUUGCAGGCUCUUUUAUCCUUCUUGUCUUUCUUCUUAUCUGUGGGGCAGUUAUCAUGAGCCGCAGGCACAAAGUCAAUGCCUACUACCCUUCCUCUUUCCCCUCAAAAAUGUACGUGGACCACAGGGACAAAACCGGAGGUGCUAAACUCUUUAAUGAAGUGCCGGAAAAACCCGCUCCUGAGCAGGAGAGUGAGCCAGUGGACUCUCACAAGCAGCUGCAGGCAGAUAUUAUGAGGGCUGCCAAGAGGCUGCGCACACCAAAUAAAUGUGUUGAUGCUGCAGAGGGAAGGGAUCCCAGUCAGAAAGUAGCAGACCGCAGGCCUGAGGACAGCUCUCAUCCAGAUGGCAGCAUCCUGGACCAGCAACUUCCAAGUCUCCCUCAGGAACAGGAUCCGUGUGGGCUUUCCGACAGUGAAGCAGCUGCAGCAGCGGCAGGAAGCCUUGAGCUGAAUCCUCCGGAGGAAGAUGAUUCACAGGAACCUUUAACUGGCAGGAGUCUGCGUCCCCCCUCUCUGCAUAUUCACAAUGACUCUGCUACACUCCAGCUCAUCGCAGGAGAGAAAACUGCUUUCUAACUAUUCUGAUCACUGACUUGAAUGUAUUUUUUGUUAGGCUUUUAAUCCAUGAGUAGCAAUGUGUCCAGCAAACCUUUUCAAAGAUGUAUCAAGGGAAAUGUAGAAAGGUUGCUAAAUUCAAAUCCUGGGUGCUAUUUUGUUUUGUUGCAAUGACGUGUUUAUAUUCAGUGCAGGGAAUGCAUGCAGCAACCUGUUGCUUCGCACCGACUGGAUAUAUCUUUCAUACCAUAUUAUAAACAGGUCUCGAGUAACCUCAUUAACAUCCGGUUGGGAGGUUUUCCGUGUUCUUUAAGGACAUCCCGCUCAGUGUGCAUUGAAUUCCUUUACUCCUGCAUAGAGGUCCCUUCAGUAAACACGGUGUGGUAUGGUCUCAUGUUUUACAGAUCAGUGUUUCCAUGUUCAACAUUAGUAAAGUAUAGAAAACCACAGCCUGAGAAAAAUGUUUUGGU